AUGGCUGCAUCAUCAUCAUCAGACGAGUCUAGUAAAAGGUCAGUACUGUUCGUUCGGAUGAUUCAUUUUGGAAUUGAAGUUGGAGUGGCAAUGAAGGUGAUGGCAUUUUGGAUUUGGCUAGAGACACAAGGGUUUCGAGAAAUUAUGAGAAAGAUCUUACUUCAUGAUGAUAAAUUCUUGACUCUACUAGCCAAAGAAGCUGAGGAUAUUCUGUCAUUUCUGAAACAACUGUCAAAAAAUCCCAUAUCACCAGAUUUGAUGCGUUUCACUCCAAAGCUAACCGAACAUUUCUUGUGUCUCAAUGUCAUCCUUGCUGAUAAAGAAAAGGCCUUAAAGGGUAUCACAGAGAUCUAUAACGGAGUCUGUUGUGUGGUCUUGAAGGAUAUUUUAGAAAGGAUGGGAGAGCAAAUUACCGAGGGGAAUGUUUUUAGUCCCCUGGAAGACGUUAAGAAAUUCGGUUCCGAGAAAGUUGGCAGCAGAGCAAAACCAAUUGCACCAUAUGUUGGAUCCAAGCUGAACCCUUCAGCCAAAGAGUGGAAUCCUGUGACAGAGAGAGCAGCCGAGGAAAAUAGAUGUUUGUUCUUGACGUUCUCAAAUGGAUACCCUCUCACUGAAAGUCAAAUCUCCAGGUUUUUCACAAUGAAUUACGGGUCAUGUGUGGAAAGGGUGUACGUGCAUUGGCCUGAGCCGAAGGAUCAAGGUGCACCACCACUGUUCGGGAAAGUGGUCUUCACUGCGUCUUAUGUACCAGCCAUGAUCUUGAAUGGAAAAAUUGAAGCCAAAUUUUGGGUCGAUGCUAAACCUUUAUGGGGCAAGAGGUUCAAGCCCAAGAAGAGGAGUGGAUACAAAUAA